AUGGUGAUGACGCCACCGGGGCUUGCCGACUGGCAGAACCAAGUCCAAACACAAGACUCGCAAUCCACAAGUGCCUCGCCUUCGAAAUGCCAACCAUCCGCCGCUUCCAACAUGUCCGAGAUACUAACGCGCAUCGACCUCGUUGGACACCUUUGGACCCAAUGUGCCAUCAGCCCGACAUCUGACUAUUCACACACUCUCGCACUCGCCGCAAACCCUGUGCUGGCCGCCAUCCCCGUCACCGCUGAUCAGCCCUCCGCCAUCGUCCACCGACAACACCUACCCUGCCUUAACUACUGCCUCGACCCCAGCGGCCAACAUCACCGCCGCCACGACUUCACGCACUCACCACCGAUGGGACAACGUCUAUUGUCCCAUCACCUCCUACCACCCACACUCCCACCUUCAGCGAUGUGGACUCGUUUCAUGCCUGUCCCCAUUGAGACCGCGCAUUCACCUCACGCAUCGGCCUGGUCGGUCACUUGA